AUGACCGGAAGGAAAACAGUUGAAGAAAAAGAAGGAUAUGCCACCGUUAAAAGAACGAUUUGCUACGCAUAUCUGAUUAGUCUGCGAAAAACAGAAAGCCGACCAUUUAAUCUAAUUGCUAAAUCAAAACCUGAGAAACGACCGGGGGAACCAUUGUUUGACUUAUUGGACCUUUUGGAGAGGAGGGCAUUCACUAUUAUGGAAUCAGAGAGUACAGAAUGA